AUGAAGGUCCAACGGUCAGCCAUUUUCGCGGUGAACGGAAAAUCAAAUCUUCAUCACUUUUACUCCUCUCAGGGAUGUCAGAGAAUUCCCAUUUCCGAGCUCGAAUCAAGAGAUUCUGUGUCGAAAUUACUUGAUAGAAAAUGGGGAUUACAGAGCCCAUCAACUCCAAUUCAGCAAAUUAGCUUUUCUUCUGCUGAAGGGACUUUUAAGAAACAAGGAAUCGACAAAGUCUCCUUCUUCAACAACACUCGUCCACAUCUCGGAGACGAAGUCUCAAAAGGAAAGCAAGAAUCGUCUUUUUACAUUCUGAGAGAUGAUCUUUUGCAUCCUCUUGUGAAUGGUAACAAAGCUAGAAAGCUUGAUGCUUUGUUACCACUUCUUCAAGAUCACAAAGUCACUGAUUUGGUGACAUGUGGAGGCUGUCAAAGUGCACAUACAGCUGCAGUUGCUGUUUCGUGUGCUGAGAGAGGUGUGAGAUCACAUUUGCUACUGCGUGGAGAACAGCCUGAGGUUUUGACAGGUUAUAACCUUGUGUCAACUAUGUAUGGAAAUGUUCAGUAUGUUCCAAGAUCAAGGUAUGCGAAUAGAGAGGAAAUGCUGAGAACUCACGCUGAUCUUGUCGCUGGGGAAGACGGUUCUGUCUUAUGGGCUAAAGACAUCGUUGAGGCUAUGGAUGAUGCAAAAAAGGAUGAUCUUUUAAGAUCAAAAACUUCUCCUAGAAAGGUUCUGAUCGUCAAUGAAGGCGCCGGAGAUGCUCUUGCAUUACUAGGUAUGUUUCGGCUUGUGCAGUAUCUGUCACAAGAUCAUUUACUUGGGAAGAAGAGGCCUGUCAAAUUUGUAGUGGAUGCUGGUACUGGAACAACUGCUGUGGGUUUAGGAGUUGCAGCUAUGUCUUUAGGGCUUCCAUGGGAGAUCAAUGCAGUGAUGCUCGCUGAUACGCUCGAAAACUACAAGAGACAUGAAGAGCGCUUGAUAGCAGAAUUUACGAGGCAGUUUCUUGCUUCCAUCGUCUGCAGCAGCAGCUUGGAUAUGAUCAAAUGGGUGGAUCGUCAGAGACCGAGAAAAUUUGGGAAGGUCUUGGAAGGAGAAGUGGAGAUGUGUAGGAGAAUUGCGCAGGAGACGGGAGUUUUAGUUGAUCCGAUGUAUACUUUGGCUGCUUGGGAGACGGCAACAGAGCUUGUGCAGGAGGAGAAAUCGAGCAUUGUGGUGAUGCUUCACACUGGAGGCACUCUUGGGGUGUUUGGUCUUGCUCAAAGAUACAAAUCUUGCUUCACUAACUUGAAAGAUUAG